AGCCCACAGAAGGAGAGAGGGAAAUAUGGAACCAGAUCAGCGCUGUCCUCCAGGACUCCGAGAGCAUCCUCACAGACCUGCAGGCGUACAAGGGCGCAGGGCCUGAGAUCCGAGAUGUACGCCAGUGAUCCGCCUGAGCUGACAGCACCCUUGGAGGAGAGGGGACCCCGUGCAAUCCAAAAUCCCAAUGACAUUCAGCUUCAAGAAAAAGCUUGGAAUGCAGUGUGUCCUCUGGUUGUGAGGCUAAAGAGAUUUUAUGAAUUUUCCAUAAGGCUAGAGAAAGCUCUUCAGAGUUUAUUAGAAUCUCUGACCUGUCCACCCUACACACCAACCCAACACCUGGAGCGGGAACAAGCCCUGGCAAAGGAGUUUGCAGAAAUUCUACAUUUUACCCUUCGAUUCGAUGAACUGAAGAUGAGGAACCCAGCUAUUCAGAACGACUUCAGCUACUACAGAAGGACGAUAAGUCGCAAUCGUAUCAACAACAUGCAUCUAGACAUUGAGAAUGAAGUCAAUAAUGAGAUGGCCAAUCGAAUGUCCCUCUUCUAUGCAGAAGCCACACCAAUGCUGAAAACCCUUAGCAAUGCCACCAUGCACUUUGUCUCCGAAAACAAAACCCUGCCCAUAGAGAACACCACAGACUGCCUCAGUACAAUGACAAGUGUUUGCAAAGUCAUGCUGGAAACUCCGGAGUACAGGAGUAGGUUUACAAGCGAAGAAACACUGAUGUUCUGCAUGAGGGUGAUGGUGGGGGUCAUCAUCCUUUAUGACCACGUCCACCCUGUGGGAGCUUUCUGCAAGACGUCCAAGAUCGAUAUGAAAGGCUGCAUAAAGGUUUUGAAGGAGCAGGCCCCUGACAGCGUGGAGGGGCUGCUGAAUGCCCUCAGGUUCACUACAAAGCACUUGAAUGAUGAAUCAACUUCUAAACAGAUUCGAGCGAUGCUUCAGUAGAGCUCUGCUCAAAGAAGAGGAUCUAUGUACUGACCUCAGAAGAUGUAUAUGUUUACAUAAUUUAAUACAGAUUGAUGUUAAUACUUGUGUAUUUACAUAACCAUUUCCUUCUUGUCACCGAAAUAUACGGACCUUGAUUUGUAUCCUGACUGACUCACCCCAGCAGAGCAUAAAUUGACUGGAGAGCCUUACCUUUGAUGUCUAAAACAAAAUCCCCUUCUCCAAAGGCAAAACUGGGAGACUUUUAUCUUUGCUACUGGAGUCCUUUAGCGACAUCUGUAACAAUCAGAAAUUCUUAAUAGUUUGUGGUAGUAGUUUAAUUCUAGAUGCGUAAUCUCUCUGGGAAGUAUAGUUAUAGAAACAGAGAGUAUUUGAUUUCCUGUGUCAGCUCAGCUACAAAAGAUACGACUGUUAUCCUGACAGAGAGACAGAGGAAUCUGAGAAAAGAAAAAGGCACAUGAAGAAACAAACCCAAGUGUUUCCAAUUCAGCACAUCCCCCCCCCCUAUCCUCAGGCUGCAAGCCACACGUGCAACUUUCCUGUUUGCAUGUAUUUUGUUUAUCGGCCUAUUCCCUUUCUGUUUGGAUUUAUAUCCAACAUUCCCUUUAGAUUCUGCAAGAGGAUAAUCACCUGUUUUGAUUCUUAGUGGGAGAGAAGCAAGAAUACGUAGGCGCGCUGUAUAGCUGAGCUGAUGAGGGUGCUCUCUCCCAAGCUGGGGACAGGUCGGGAGCAAGGUCACCCAGGCAACACGAUAGUCAUCUCUCUGCUUCACCCUUCUGUCUGCAGAGACAGGGAGGUGGAACUUUGGCUUUGAAAUUAUGAGUAAGUUUGCUGACACUCCAGUUGUCUUCAGAGUGCUGGGCACACUGACCCUCCUAAAAGGAGCCCUGUGCCCUGUGGACCAUUCAUGUGGCAACAGAGGUCUCGGGUACUUCAUCAAUUACCAGAGCACUGGGGAAAUUUGGAGGAGAAAAUGUGCAUUUUCCCAUCAUAUUUGAAAGGCAGCUCCUCCCUGCCCCCACUGCUAGCUUGUUGCGAUGUGUAAAGCUCUGGUCUAAGUACCUGGAUUUAGUCCUAGCCAGGUUGACUCACAGCAUGAUAUUAGGAAAUUCACAUAAGCUGUCUGUGUCUUACUUUUCUCACCUAUAAAAUGGACAAGUAAAACAGACAAUCUCCAAGAGCCCUACAAGGCUAUGAGCCAAUAAAAUGACUGGCUCUCACAUGCUUCUUUUGUGAGUAGAGCCCAGUCAGCAUCAGGCCAUCUAUCUAGAUGAUUAGCAAUAUGACAAGACCUAGAGUCGUUCUGUCUGCAGUUCAGAGUUUAACAUGGACUCUUGGAAAUCUUCCAUUCUGUCCGCCAGUGGAAAAAUGAGACAGAGGGUGAAGUCAGAGAGGACCAGUCCAUCCUACGUAGGACUAGAAUCCAGGAUGCCUCACUCCCAACUCCGUGUUCUUUCCUAUUUCACCACGUAGCCUAUGCACAUCUAUGGGAUGAGACUGGACAUCUUAAAAUAAGCCAUCUAUCUGGCCUAUAUUAUUUCUUGACUGUUGUGAUAAAGAAAGAGUUGCCCAGUGAAUGAUAAGUUGGGUCUGAGCAUGUCAAGGUUUCAUUCACCAUAUCCCAGGGAAUGAGUUUAAUAAGACACCAUUGCUUUCCAGACUUUAGUGCCCAGCUGGCAUUCCCUUAAGUUCUCCAGGAAUAGGGGAAACCUACCUUUGUUUGUUUUAUUUUUAACAAAGAAAUCCAGUCAAGGAGCAGAACGCAUUCCCCUCACUCUAGCCAAACGCCAGUCAACAGAGAGAGGAAAGGCCCUUUUUCUCAGAGCUUUUCAAGCUGACCAAAGUAUAGCUGCUUGGACGGGGGUUCCCUCAUCAGAACAGAAAUGCACUGGGUGGCCUUCAAGACCUUUUCAAAUCUAGAGAUUCUAAAACCCUAGCUAGAGGAAGCCAGAAAAUAUUCUGAUAAUGGGUGAACAAAUUCAUUAACUAUUCAGCUUAAGAAAUGUUCUAUUUGGCAGCCACAUAUUAUCCUUGGACAGCAACACUGUCAAGAGUAGAAAUAUAGAGCGCUCAAUGUUUAUUGUCAUUGAGUCCAUUUUCCCUUUUGAUCAGGUGAGGAGAUAAGUCAUUAAAGAGGACAGGGCAUGCAGAGUAAAUAGUUGAGCACAUUUAUAAUUUUUAAUUAGAAUUUCUAUCAAAUGGGACCAGACUAAAUGGGGGUGGGGGGCUGCUGGCCUACUCCAAUUUAGCCAAGCCACCUUGUUUCAAAACCAAGAUUCACAUACACGGAUUCUUAAAUGCCCGGGACCUGAGCUGUUGUCUCUAAUUAUCAUGAGGACAGGUUAACUGGAUGUCUGUGAUCACUAACAGGUGAUGGGCCUUUGGUCCAUUCCAGAGCUACUGUGGGAGACAAUUCUUUUAACAGACUGUCCUCUAGGCAUCAGGAGUCCUUGAACAAUCAUGUUUUUUUAUUGUUGUUCUGCAUGCACACGUCCAAAAUCUGUGGGUGGUUUAGGGGAAGGACUAGAGACAGUAUCCAUUUCAAUGUUAACUAUAUUUCAUAGUUGAUGGUUCAUAGUUUCAAAUAAAGUGUUUUCCAUUACUCAGAUAUUUAUUUUUGGGCAAGCAACAAAGUGAAAAUUACAUUUCUCAGAUGCACUGCUACUUUGGCAUUAUAACUUUUUUCUCAGAAGCCUUUUUCAUAUGCCACUGAGAAUUACUAGUGAAAAGCAAGUGGCAAUGAAUGUUUUGAACUGUGGUAGUCCAUUAGGAUUGAAGUAUUAAUAACAACCA